GCCGCCCUUCCAGGAGAAGCAGAGCCAGGAGCUGAGCCAGUACGGAGCGAUGGGGACCGGACAGUCUUUUAACAGCCAGUUCCUGCAGCACGGAGGCCCCCGGGGGCCCAGCGUUCCCAGCAGCAUGAACCCCGCCAGCGUGGGAGGGCUGAUGGGCCCCUCUGGCAUGAGCCCCCUGGGCAUGACCCCCACCCGGGCGGUGGGCAUGGCGCCCCUGUAUGCAGGGCAGCGCCUGCCCCAGCACGGGUACCCAGGGGCUCUCCAGGCCCAGCCGCUGCCCCGACAAGGAGUCAAGAGAGCCUACUCCAGUGAGGUGCGGCCGGACGUCCAUGUGUAUCCAGGGCAGCAGUACCUGCCGGGAGGCCAGUACUCACCCAGCACCACCCAGUAUGCCCCAGGGCAGCCCCCUGCCCCCUCUUCCUUCCCUGGCCACAGGCUGCCCCUGCCCACCUCCGGCCCCCCAGGACUGCACUACAAGCCCACAGAGCAGUUCAACGGGCAAGGCGCCAGCUUCAGCGCAGGGAGCAUCGGCUACGGCCAGCCGGGCCUGAGUGGGCCCACCCGUUCCGUCCCUGGCUACCCCAGCUCCCCACUGCCAGGGAGCCCCACGCCACCCAUGACCCCCGGCAGCAGCGUCCCCUACCUGUCCACCAGCCAGGACGUGAAGUCCCCCUUCCUGCCUGACCUCAAGCCCAGCGUGAGCUCCUUGCACCCGUCACCCCCUGGCAGCAGCCCCUGCGACGAGCUGCGGCUGACCUUCCCCGUGCGGGACGGCGUGGUCCUGGAGCCCUUCCGCCUGCAGCACAACCUGGCCGUGAGCAACCACGCCUUCCAGCUGCGCGACUCCGUCUACAAGACCCUGAUGCUGAGGCCUGACCUGGAGCUGCAGUUCAAGUGCUACCACCACGAGGACCGGCAGAUGAACACCAACUGGCCGGCCUCGGUGCAGGUCAGCGUCAACGCCACGCCCCUCACCAUCGAGCGCGGCGACAACAAGACCUCCCACAAGCCCCUGUACCUGAAGCACGUGUGCCAGCCCGGCCGCAACACCAUCCAGAUCACCGUCACGGCCUGCUGCUGCUCCCACCUGUUCGUGCUGCAGCUGGUGCACCGCCCGGCCGUCCGCUCCGUGCUGCAGGGCCUCCUCAAGAAGCGGCUGCUGCCCGCCGAGCACUGCAUCACCAAGAUAAAGCGGAACUUCAGCAGCGGCACCAUCCCCGGCACCCCUGGGCCCAACGGAGAGGACGGGGUGGAGCAGACGGCCAUCAAGGUGUCCCUCAAGUGCCCCAUCACCUUCCGCCGGAUCCAGCUCCCCGCCCGCGGCCACGACUGUCGCCACAUUCAGUGCUUCGACCUGGAGUCCUACCUGCAGCUCAACUGUGAGCGGGGGACCUGGCGGUGCCCCGUGUGCAACAAGACGGCCCUGCUGGAGGGCUUGGAGGUGGACCAGUACAUGCUGGGCAUCCUCAUCUACAUUCAGAACUCUGACUACGAGGAGAUCACCAUCGACCCCACGUGCAGCUGGAAGCCGGUGCCUGUGAAGCCGGACGUGCACAUCAAGGAGGAGCCAGACGGGCCGGUGCUGAAGCGCUGCCGCACCGUGAGCCCCGCCCACGCGCUGCUGCCCAACGUGAUGGAGAUGAUCGCGGCCCUGGGCCCAGGGGCAGCCCCCCUCGCCCCCCUGCCGCCCCCCUCGGCCCCGGCCCCCAGCGACUACCCCAGCCAGGGCUCCAGCUUCCUGGGACCCGGGACCUUCCCCGACUCCUUCCCGUCCACCACACCCAGCACGCCGACCCUUCCCGAGUUCACCCCAGGGCCGCCCCCCGCCUCCUACCAAUCGGACAUUCCCAGCAGCCUCCUGACUCCGGAGAAGUCCACGUCCAGCCUCCCAGGCCAGAUGGCGCCUGCAGGUCACCUGGAUCCGGUUCACACCCUUGGGCCAGCCGCACUGCACACCCCUAACCUGGGAGGCCCCCCAGGCCCCCAGCUGCACCACCCCAACCCUCCCCCAGCGACCCGGCAGCCCCUGGGCCCAGGGAGCGGGGGCCCCGUCGGAGAGCUGGCCUUCCACGCUGCCACAGGCGUAGUGGGGCCCCCCAUGUCUGGGGCGGGGGAGGCCCCAGAACCUUCAGCCGUGGACCUGCUCCCGGAACUGACCAACCCGGAUGAGCUGCUGUCCUACCUGGGCCCUCCCGAACUUACCAACCAACAAGCA